AUGACCAACAAGAGUUUUCCAGCGGGCUUCAUUCUUCUUGGCUUCUCUGAGUGGCCGCAGCUAGAAAUGGUUCUUUUCUGGGUGGUGAUCUUCUUCUACACCAUGAUUGUUCUUGGAAAUUUGACCAUCAUCUUGCUGUGUUGCAUGGACCCUCAUCUCCACACCCCCAUGUACUUCUUUCUUAGCAAUCUUUCCUUCUUGGAGCUUUGUUUCACCACAACCACUGUGCCCCAGAUGUUAUUCAACUUGUGGGGGCCAGACAAGAGCAUCACCUACACAGGCUGUGUCAUCCAACUCUGUGUGUUUCUCUGUCUUGGUGCCACUGAAGGCAUCCUGCUGGUAGUGAUGGCCUUUGACCGCUAUGUUGCCAUCUGCCAGCCCCUGCGUUAUAAAAUCAUUAUCCACCCUUCACUCUGUUGGAAGCUGGUGCUCAUGGCCUGGCUGUCUGGCUUGAUGGAGUCUCUGAUCCAAUCUUUCAUCACGUUCCAGCUGCCCUUCUGUACCCAUCACCACCUGGAUGACUUUCUGUGUGAGGUUCCUGCCCUCAUACGCUUGGCCUGUGGAGACACCUCUGCAAAUGAGUGUCAGAUGACCAUCUCUGCUGUCCUCUUCACCAUUGUGCCAGUGGGAUUGAUCUUGACUUCUUAUGGCUACAUAGCUCAAGCUUUAGGGAAAAUCCAGUCUGAGGAGGGAAGGCAGAAAGCCAUUGUCACUUGCUCCUCCCACCUCAUUGUAGUCUUCAUGUUUUAUGGGACAGUGGCCAUGGUUUACACAGAUCCUAAAAAUCACUUUGCUUCAAAUCAUGGCAAGUUCCUCACCUUCUUCUACACCAUUGUCACACCUUUGUUGAACCCUCUCAUCUACACCCUGAGGAGCAAAGAAGUGAAGGAUGCCCUGCAAAGACUGAUGAGGAAGAGGAUUAGCUUACAAAAAAGUAGAUAA